AUGGCCAUCAACUUCAAGGACGGCGUGAUAUUAGGAGCAGACAGCCGAACAACAACGGGAGCAUACAUCGCAAAUCGAGUCACGGACAAGCUUACGCAAGUACACGACACAAUAUGGUGUUGCCGGUCAGGAUCAGCAGCAGAUACACAGGCUGUGGCGGACAUCGUUCACUAUCACCUCGGCAUGUACGGCAUCACAAACGACGAAGCACCCACCACACAGACGGCGGCAGCCAUCUUCCAGGAGCUCUGCUACGACAACAAGGAUCAGUUGAGUGCGGGCAUGAUUAUCGCUGGAUACGAUCACAGACACGGCGGCCAGGUGUACUCCAUUCCCCUCGGCGGUUCCCUGCACAAGCAAGCAUACGCGAUCGGUGGCUCAGGCUCGACGUACAUCUACGGCUACUGCGACGCGAACUGGAAAGAGGGCAUGACGGAGGAAGAGGGAGUCAACUUCGUCAAGGGCGCGUUACGGGAGGCCAUCAGAUGGGACGGGAGCUCUGGCGGUGUCAUCAGGAUGGUCGUACUUACGGCGAAAGGCGCUGUCAGGCAUCUCUACCUUCCACAUGUUGAUUACAAGGGUCCUGGGGUAGACAGCGUCAAGAUAUAG